UUAUAUCGACAGGUGCUGCACAUCAGAGACAAGGCACUUGGGCCUACCCACCCCGACACCCUUGAUAGCGUCAAUAAGCUAGCUGGCAUUCUGGACCUCUUGAAGAAGUUUGAAGAAGCAGAGGAGGUGUACGAGCGCGCAGUGGAAACUGCCGAGAAAACUCUCGGACCAGAACACCCAGAUACUUUAAGGUCUAUAGCCCUCUUGGCUAUGGUGCUAUAUCACCGGGGAGAAGUUGCAAAGGCGGAGAAGAUGAUCCGAUGUGCACUAGAAGGUCGGGAGAAAGCACUCGGGCCGGAACAUCCCGAUACCCUUACCAAUUCUCAAAACCUGGCCUUUGUUCUGCGUGAGUUGGGAGAGAACGAGGAAGCGGAGAAGUUGUAUCGUCGUAUCAUAGAACACAAAGAAAAAGCACUUGGAUUAGACCAUGAGGACACUCUUCGGUAUGUCUACAACCUGGGGAAUGUUCUGCAUGAUCUGGAAAAGUAUGAGGAGGGGGAGAAGAUGUUUCGAGGCAUAGUCGAGGUCCUAGAGAAAACUCUCGGCCCGGAACAUCCCGAAACCCUUACCGCCAUCUCCAACGUCGGCUCCAUGCUCCAAUCUCGAGGAAAUGAUGCUGAAGCAGAGAAAAUAUACCGCCGUCUCCUGGAAGCUAGCGAGAAGACUUUUGGGCCGGAUGCAAUUGAAACCAUAAGGGCUGCAAAUGCUGUUGCCGUUGCUCUCUUCUUUCAAGAUAAAGUAGUCGAGGCAGAGGAGUUGUCUCUGCGCUCACUACAGGGCUAUGAGAGGGAGCUAGGGCCAGAGCACCCAGAAACUCUCAAAGUGGCUGAUAUUCUUGCCGCCGUACUCCAAGGCCUCAAGAGGUACGGCGAUGCAGAAGAGCUAUACCGCCGAUCACUAGAUGCUAGAGAAAAGACCCUUGGUUUCGGCCAUCGCUCCACCUAUACCACGCUCUGUCGUCUGGGUGCCCUUCAUGAAGAGCAGGGACAGUUUUUGGAGGCGGAGCAAUAUUACCAGCAGGCGGUAGAUAGAAUAGGCACAACUCUAGGAGAAGACCAUCCC